AGUCGCUGACAGGUCGCGUUGUUCCGUGGUUCCGUGGUGUUUGGCUGCUGGCUGUACGGAACCGUUUUAGACCACUUCGAUUUGGCCACGACACGGAACGGAACGAGAGCGAUUAACGAGUGUUCGCGGGAGUUGCAACGCACGUGCAAAGUCAGCGAUCCGUCCGUCAAUCCUUGGUGCCAGCGCAGCUUCUACAAAAUGUCGGUGCUCCUUCUUCUGCUGCUCCCCCUGCUACUGCCCACGGGUGAGUCGAAGAUGCUGAUCGAGCGACACUUGCGCCCAUCACCGGAAGCGUAUCAUCGGCAGCGGGCGCAGCUAGUGCAGAAGGAAACCAGCAUGGCGCUCGGUGCUGACAUUCAGCUCACCGCCAACGAAACCAUCGUCAACGAGUACCUGAUGUCGCUGAAGCGCGCCGAACUGGCGGAAGGAUUCGCCGAUCCGUUCCAGUUCGUACCGGCUCGCCAUUUCUUCCAGGUGCUGGACAAGAUCGAUGCCUCGCCGUUGUACCAGCUGAUCCGCCGUAUGCCAAAGGGUGGAGUGCUGCAUGCGCACGACACUGCACUGGCCGGUACGGAGGUGAUCGUACGGCUUACCUAUGAGGAACAUCUUUGGCAACGGGGCACCUUCAAGGGGUGGAAUGGUCCCGAGUUUCUGUUCGCUCGUACGGCACCGGCCGGUGAUGGGUGGGAGUUGGUACGGGAUGUCCGCGAACGGACCGGAGCGGAACAGUACGAUGAAGCUGUGAGGCAUCUGUUUACGCUGUACGAUGAGGAUCCAGUGAACACGUACAAAAGCAUCAAUGACGUUUGGUCGCGCUUUACGGCCAUGUUCUUCUCGUUUCAACCCAUCGUUACGUAUCGGCCAGCAUGGGAGAUGUACUUCCGGGAGGCACUGCAGCAGUUCUACGACGAUAAUGUGAUGUACCUGGAGUUCCGCGGUGUGCUACCAACGCUGUACGAUCUGGAUGGCAAAACCUACACACCGGAGGAGGUGGUGGAAAUGUAUAUUAACGUAACGGAGCAGUUUAAAGCGACGCAUCCCCAGUUCGCCGGUACAAAGUUCAUCUACGCGCCACUCCGGAACGUCGACAACGAGACUGUGGACCAGUAUCUGAGCACUGCCGAGCGGUUACACCUGCAGUACGGUAGCUACGUCGUUGGGUUCGAUCUGGUGGGCCAGGAGGAUCUGGGCCGGCCGCUGGUCGACUUUGCCGACAUGCUGCUCACCCUGCCACCGACCAUCAACUUUGUGUUCCAUGCCGGCGAAACCAACUGGCACGGUAUGCAGACGGACGAAAACUUGAUCGAUGCAAUUCUGCUCGGCACCAAGCGAAUCGGGCACGGGUACGCGCUACAGAAGCACCCGCUGCUGCUGGACGAGGUGAGACGGCGCCGGAUCUGCGUCGAAAUCAAUCCCGUUUCCAAUCAAGUGCUCAAGCUGGUCGCCGACUAUCGGAACCACCCGGCCAGCGCGCUCUUCACGACCGAUUUCCCGCUCGUGAUAUCGUCCGAUGAUCCGUCGUUCUGGCGGGCGACUCCGUUGAGCCACGAUUUCUAUAUUGCCUUCCUGGGAAUCGCUUCCGCGCACCAGGACCUACGGCUACUGAAGAAGCUCGCCCUCAACUCGCUCCACUACUCGCUGAUGGCGGACGGUGGCGAGAAGGAGGCGGCCAUCGCACAGUUCGAGCGCUCGUGGAGCGACUUCAUCGAGCUGACUGUGGCGCAGAUACUACGGACACAAAAUCGAUAGCUUCGCCGGUUCACCCCCGCCGAGACUUUUCGGCGAAACGCUUAAUCUUCGUCAAUAAUUCUUUCGAUUACGCGAACGGUGGCAAUAGGAUACAGGGCAUCCAUCCAUCCGGCUUCGUUUGCUGUCCAGUGUUUUGUCUUGUGCGACGAUUCGCGUUCCCCUUUCCCCGAUUGAGUGGUCAUGUCGUUGCUCACCGCCGAAAUGUUUCAAUAAACGUUCUUAAAAAGCAGCAGAUUGUGCUGUU